AUGGAAUCGAAAGCAAAUAUUGCUCCUGAGAAUCAAAAGAAUCGUGCACGAGGCGAAAAUUGGACCCAAGAGGAAAAGGAUCUGUUUUUGGAACUAAUGAGGCAGUCAGAGCCUAUUAUAGAAAAUAAAUUAACGGAUACUGAUACAAAUAAAAGAAAGAAUCUAGAGUGGAUUAGAGUACAAAAGAGUCAUAAGAAACUCACUGGGAAAUCCAGAGAUAUCACCCAGUUAAAGGGUUUCUGGAGACGAUCAAAAGUGGCUGCAAAGAAAUCUGUGUCACAACAUAGAAGAGCUUUGCAAGGUACUGGUGGUGGACAAAGGCCACCAUCUCCAGGUGAUGAUCACCUAAAGAUAACGGAAUUCUGCACAACAGAUUUUGUUAAAGAAGAAAAUCUUUAUGACAGCAAUGUGGUCCCACAACUACAAGGUGAAGAUAAUGACCAAGGUGUAGUUAUUGGAGGAACUGAAGUGCAAAACAACACAUUAUAUGACAUAGACAAGAUUGAUAUCAAGAUCCCUGAAUGCAGCAGAAAAACACAAAUGGUGUUCCCUCCAAAGGUGGAUAAGAAACAAAAUAGAGAAAAGAAAACAAAUAAGUUGGUUGGCAAGGAAGCUUUAUUAAGAAGCAAUAUAGAAUUUAAGGAACGGGCUUCAGCAAUGUUGGAGGAAGAACAUAAAUUAAAAAUAAAAUUUCAGGAACGAGAAAUAGCUCAUCAGCAGUUGCGGCAUAAACUGGAAAUUGACAUAUUAUUAUUAGAAAAAGAGAAAAAGAAAUUAGAAUUAGAAUUGUUAAAAAAAAACUAG